CGGAGCAUGAGUAAUAUCCCAACAGUUACUUUGAGUUGCUAUUGAAGAAGAGUGGAAUAAUGAUUUUAACCGAUUCUACAUCUCGUGCAUUCAAUACAAUAAUAUAAAUAUGUUUAAUUUAAUAUAAAAAAAAAUAUUUGAAAAAAAUUUUAAUUUAAAAAAAUAGAAAAUUGUAAAUAAAAAUUUAUAAAUUUAAAUAGAAAAUAAAAAUAAAAGAAAUUGUGUGAAUAUCAAAAUUUAGAAUGUGGCCCUUUAGUCGAACUUGUCAAAGUAAAGUCCGACUUGUCGGGAAAACUGUUUUAAUUACUGGGGCAAAUACUGGAAUUGGAAAAGAAGCAGCCAAGGAUCUUUACAGAAGAGGUGCCAGAGUGAUUUUAGCCUGUCGAGAUCUCACAAAAGCGAAUGCAGCAGCUGAAGAAGUGAAAUCGACGCUACCACUAAAACCUAAUCGACAACAAUUUCAAGGGGAAGUAGGCGAAGUGGUUGUUUAUAAAUUAAACCUAAAUAGUCUAGCAAGUGUUAGGGAAUGCGCAAAACAAAUAAUUAACUCCGAACCAAAUAUUCAUAUAUUAAUAAACAAUGCUGGCGUGAUGCUGUGCCCCUAUGAAAAAACUGAAGAUGGCAACGAAUGUCACUUGCAAUCAAAUCACUUGGGACAUUUCUUGUUGACUCUAUUGUUACUGCCAAAAAUCAAAGUUUCUGCUCCUGGUUGCAGAAUUAUUAAUGUCUCAUCUGUAGCUCACGAAAGAGGUCGGAUGAAUUGGAAUGAUUUGAAUUUAGAAAAUUCAUACACACCCAUGAAGGGAUAUACACAAAGUAAAUUGGCCAAUGUACUCUUCUCAAGAGGAUUGGUCAACAAAUUCAAAGAGGCUAAAAUCGAAGGAAUAAAUGUCUACAGCUUGCACCCAGGUGUAAUUGCAACUGAAUUAGGUCGACAUUUAGAUUCAGCAAUGUUCCCAGGAGCUCGAGCAUUAUUUGGUUUUAUUAUUGGCAAUUUUGUAAAAACACCUGAUCAAGGUUGUCAAACAACAAUUCACUGCGCGGUCGAUGAGGAAGCAGGAAACCAAACUGGACUUUAUUACAAAGAAUGUGCAGUAGCCUCCGCGUCUCCAAAUACACAAAGCGAUACCGAUGCUCUUAAAUUGUGGGAGGAAAGUACAAAAAUGGUGAAAUUGACGAAAGAGGAAGAUCCUUUUACCGUUUAAAAUUAUUUUCAAAUUAGAAAAUAUGUAACGCUCCUCGGUGAAAACGACCUACCUCCGAAAUAACAUUAGAAAAUAAUAACUGUUUACGGUAAAAGUAGCCUAAUUUUAUUUAGGAGAUAGGUUACUUUCACUAUGAGGUUGAGCAUCACAUCACAUCACGUAUAAAUUCAAAGUCAUUUCUCAUUUGGUGUUUUAAAAUUUUGAAAAUUAAAAUUAGACGAUACUGUAUACGCACAUAUGAAUGGUUUUAAUGGUUUUAUCGAUUUAUUGACUGUGGUUUAUUUAUAAUAAUAAUAAUAACAAUAAUAAUAAUAAUAAUAAUAAUAAUAAUAAUAAUAAUAAUAAUAAUAAUAACUAUACCAAACCAAACAAUCUACAUAAGAAUGAAAUGCAUCAGAUAUGAUUUUAUUCUUAACAUGGUGUGAAUAAUAAGAUAUGGUCGUCAAAAAUCUAGAAUAAUUAUUUUUUCGUGAUGGUUUUUAAUAAAAAAAGUUUUAAAUUAUUUAUUCAAUCAAAAAUUAUAUUUAAAUUUAUGUUUAAAUAUA